AUGAAGGAAGGUUUCCUAAUGAACCCAAAGGAACAAUGCCAAGCAAUAACCACUCAAAGUGGAGCAGUGGUUUCCAGCCCAAGAAAGAAAAAUGAAGUCACCAAUUCGAAGGAUGAAAGUGAACUGAAGCAAGAAGAUUUCGAAAGUGAAAAAUAUACUAUGUUAAAGAGAGGAGAUGAUGAGGAAAACUGCAAUAACAAGCAAGAAAGGAGGGGCAAGAAGCAGAAAUUUGAGCAGGCCUGCAAGCCUAUUAAUGAAGAGCAGUACAAGAGUUUACCCUUUGCAAAAAGAGUACAAGAUCCUAGACAAAAAAAGCAGUUUGAAAGGAAGCUGGAUAUGGAAAAAUUGGUACCACUAACUGAAGAGUGCAUUGCCAUAUUGCAGAAAAAACUACCUCAAAAGUUGAAAGAUCCAGGGUCAUUCAGCAUACCCUGCUCCAUUGGAAAUUGUACAGUUGGAAAAGCUUUGUGUGACUUGGGAGCCAGCAUAAAUUUGAUGCCUUUAGCCAUUAUGAAGAAGCUGGGAAUUGAGGAGGUGAAGCCAACUAGGAUUACAUUACAAUUGGCUGACAGAUCAUAUACAUAUCCUUAUGCAGUAGUUGAAGAUCUUUUAGUCAAAGUGGACAAAUUUAUAUUCCCUGCAGACUUUGUUAUACUAGAUAUAGAGGUAGAUGUUGAUAUCCCUCUCAUUCUAGGAAGGCCAUUUCUAGCAAUAGGGAGAGCUUUGAUAGAUGUGCAAAAAGAUUAUAGGAAGUUGAAUGAUGCAUCAAGGAAAGAUCAUUUUCCUCUUCCAUUUACUGACCAAAUGCUGGAGAGAUUGGCUAGAUUGGACUACUAUUGUUUCCUAGAUGGAUAUUCUGGUUACAACCAUAUUGCAGUUGAUCCAAGAGACCAAGAAAAGACAGCAUUCACUUAUCCUUUUGGAGUUUUUGCAUAUAGGAGGAUGUCAUUUGGGUUGUGCAAUGCUCUGGCCACUUUUCAAAGGUUGUCUAGCUAA